AUGUUUGACGAUCAAGAACAACAACAACAACAGGAUAAUGAUAAAUUAGAAUCUCUAUUAUCUCCAAUAUUUCCUAAAGCAACAAGUUUAUUAUUUCAUACCGGAAAUGCGUUAACAUAUUUCAAGUUAGUAAGAAAAACAAAUAUGAAUAUUACAGAAGAAAUAAUAGAAUAUAUAUCAACAAUGUUACGAACGUUAAGAAAAAAUAAUAAUUUCAAACAAUUUGAGAACGAGACAUAUGUUAAAAUUAUUCCUGAAGAUAUAAAUCAUGAGGGAUCAUCAUCGAAUGCGACUGGAAACAGUGGAUCAAAUACUGUUGAUUAUGAACAACUUAGCAGAGAAGAUUUAAAAAUAUCAGUAUUACAAGAAAUGAAAGAAAACUAUUUAGAAAGUUUAUUGUUAUCGUUUCCGAAUUAUGGUGCAAAAUUAACUAUUGAUGAAAUAUUGCCACUUUGGAACGUUGUUGAAAGUUAUAUGAAUAAUCAGAAAAUUUUAUCAGCAGGUGUAUGCGAUUUUAUGUUACCAUUAUUAUUAGAAUUAUGUGAUCAUGCAAAACAUAAACCGUAUGCAGAUCAAAUUAAUUUGGGCGUAUGUUGUUCUAUUCCUGACGAACUAAAUAAAUAUGUUAAAGAAAAUGAUAUUCAACUAUUAACUCAUAGUGAUCCAAUGGAUAUUAUUAAUGAUAGUGAUUUUCAAAAUUCAAUAAAAAAUUAUUGUCAUGAAUAUGAUGCAUUAGAUUGGCGACCAACAUGGGUGGCAAGAUACAAUUCUAUAAUAGCAAAUCGUGGUAUUAUUAAAACAAAGGGCUAUUUUGUCUAUGCUAGUAGAGAAUUACCAAUCAAGUCAUGA